AUGGCACAAGUAACACGGCAGCUGAGAACAAAGAGCAGCUGUGAAGAGCAAGACGCCUUGAACAUUUCUGAGCACAAUAGCCGCAUCGAACAUCUCAUGGCAGCUUUUAACCUCACCCCCUCUGAACAUUCAUCAUUUAUCCUAAUGGACAUCACAGGCCUGGAAGCUGCCCAUAUAUGGAUUUCCAUCCCUAUCUGUACAUUCUACAUUAUUGGCCUGUUCGAAAAUUUCACGCUUCUGUUUUUUAUAGGCAAAGAGCAGACCCUGAACAAGCUGAUGUACCUGCUGCUCUGCAUGCUGCUGCUCACAGACAUCUGCAUGUCUACCUCUGUCGUGCCGAAGGCACUGUGUAUAUUUUGGUUCAAUUUGAAAGGCAUUACUGAGGGUGGCUGCCUCACCCAGAUGUUCUUCAUUCACACAGUUUCUGUUAUGCAGUCAGCCGUCCUCGUGACAGUGGCCUUUGAUCGUUCUGUCGCCAUAUGUAACCCUCUGAUAUAUGGCACCAUCCUCACUAAUGCACAAACAGCUAACCUAGGAUUUGUGGGUUUGAUAAGGGCUGUUCUCUUCAUUCUGCCCAUUCCCCUGCUUCUCGGCAGGCAGCCAUUCUGUGCCAACCGCAUUAUCCCCCACAUGUACUGCGAGCACAUGGCUGUGGCAAAGACGUCAUGUGGGAACAUCACAGUCAACAGGAUGUACAGCUUGGUGAUCGCAAUUAUAGUCAAUGGGUCAGACCUGACACUCAUUGCCCUGUCCUAUGUUCUGAUCAUCAGGGCUGUCCUCAGAAUCUCCUCCAAGAAAGCCCACCAGAAAGCCCUCAACACCUGCACAGCCCACAUCUGUGUGAUGCUGAUGUCUUAUACUCCCUCCCUCUUGUCAUCCAUCAGCCCCAACCCCACAAACCCUGUCACUCGGCCUUUGUGUGACUACCAGAUCACCAGAAGAUACUGA